AUGUUGCAGGCGGAUGGUACUAAUGGCUUCAUGCUGCCCAAAGCUUUCUUAAACAGUCCAGCCAUUGCAGUGAUGGUGAUCACCAUUUCAGCCACAAGUCUUAAUGACUAUCUCAAGCUGUUUUCUGGCAGCGCUGAAGUGAACAAAGAAUUAUUCGAGGAAAUUUUUAAAUGGAAGAAUAAGGAUCGUAUCAAAGGCGCUAUCAUCUUAAGCCGGCAAACUUCCGGUGACUGUGUUAUUGAUGAGACGGCUGCGUUCAGAAACGCUCAAAAAAUGAGUCGUUUGUUGGGAUCGUUACCGGAAGCACAGGAAAUGACUAUAUGUGCGGUCACUGAUUUUCACGAUCAUGACUGCAUAGCGACCAAUCGUACAGCGAAGAACGAAAGUAAAAUAACAGUGCUACUUUUCGGAGGCGCAGUACGCGCACAUGCAUACUAUUGCCCAACCACAAUGGCAAUGCAGGACUUCUGGAAAUGGAAGACUGAACAAGAUCAGCUGCGCGAAGUGUGCCAAACAAUUGGCUUUUACAUUUCAACCAUCAAUUUUCCAAUACUAUAUGCGUAUUACAGCGAAGCUAUGGGAUCGAAAGUACCACUAGCAGAAAUGAUUGGGCAUGGCCGAAUUUCGGUUCUGCAUGGCGUGAAUAAUUCUGGAGUUGAGCUGCAAAGAAAUGCUUGUUAUGGACAACACUGUAUUUUCACUGUUGGUUUUGAAAAACACCCGUGA